AUGGCGCCUCGACUCCCUCCUCCACCCCAGCCUAAUGAACCUGAUGCGUCCAACAACGCUAGGUUGUUGGAAACGGUGAUUGAUAGACUACAGCAACAGAAUACCACUCUGAUGGAAGAGAACGCUACUCUGAUGCAGCAAAAUCAGAAUGCUUUGCAGAGUUUGGAGGCCGCUCGCGCCAACUCUGAAGCAACACAGAGGCAGCUAAUGGAUAUCCUUGCCGCUACCAGAAACACACCGGGAGCGUCCUCUUCUAACGCUACCCAACAUGCUGAAUGGAGUUUGGAGAGCUUUCUUCAGCAUCAUCCCGCCAAGUUUAAUGGAAAGUGCCUUCCUGAUGAGGCAGAUCAGUGGCUGCGGGACAUGGAAAAGAUUUAUAAUGCAAAGAGGUGCCCUGACGACAACAGAUUGGCGUUUACUGAAUACCUGCUGACUUGUGAGGCCAGCCACUGGUGGGCGAGCGUGAAGACUAUACUGACAGACGCUCACGCUCCUAUCACUUGGGAGGUUUUCAGGAAUAAAUUUUAUGAAGAGUAUUUCCCAGACAGCGUUCGCUACGCCAAGGAAGUGGAGUUCCUUCAAUUGGUGCAAGGGGGAAAAUCUGUAUCGGAGUACACCAAUACUUUCAAGCAGUUGUUGAGGUUCAACACUAUGGCCACUAGUGAAGAGUGGCAGUGUAGGAAGUUCGAGAAUGGACUAAGGAGCGACCUGAAGGUGUUGAUAUCAAGUUUAUGCAUUCGGUCAUUUCCUGCCAUGGUGGAGAGAGCCAAAGUACUGGAGAAGAAUAUGGCAGAGGUGGAACGACAAAAGAAGCAGCAACAGGUGGUUAGAGGACCGAUCGUAUCUAGGGGUAAUGCUAAUGUGAGAAGUACUCCUUACACUCGUCCAAGUCAAUCAUCAAAUACCAGUGGAUCUCGAGCGCUGGUCGCUGCUGGACAGUCUGGGCAGCAAGGAAACGUUACUUGUUUCCAGUGUGGAGGACCACACUAUCGCUCGUCCUGCCCUCAGCUGACGGGAGGUAAAUUCUGCACUCGUUGUAGAAGAAAUGGGCACUUGGAGAGUGAGUCCAACAUGGGUGGACGCGCUGUGAUGAGGCCACCGAACGCUGGGAGAAAUCAACCAAGAGGAGGUGGACGAGCCCAAGCUGUUGGGCGUGUUUAUGCUUUGACUGGUGCGGAGGCAGCAAGCUCAGACUAUGGAGAUAAGAGAUUGGUUUUUCCUGAAGAAGAUGAAGUAGAUCUGUCUGUGAUGCUCGGUCAGUUAAAGGAAGACAUAAUGGAAGGUGCCAGCUGUUUCUUAAUUUUGACGCAUGAAGAUCAGGAGUUCGGAGGUUUGAUGCAAGAACGAUCGUCCACUAGUAAUAAUGAUGGACGAUCGAUUGUGGAUGAGUUUCCGGACGUCUUUCCGGAGGACAUACCGGGACUGCCUCCUGUUCGCGAGGUUGAGUUCACUAUCGAUUUGGUGACCACGGCAGCACCCAUCUCCGUUCAACCAUAUCGUAUGGCGCCUGCAGAGUUGGUUGAACUUAAGAAUCAAAUUGAAGAAUUGAUGGAUAGGAAAUUUAUCAGGCCGAGCGUAUCACCAUGGGGAGCGCCUGUUCUCUUAGUAAAGAAGAAAGAUGGCAGCUCCAGACUUUGCAUUGACUACAGGCAGUUAAACAAGCUGACCAUCAAGAACAAGUACCCCCUACCACGGAUUGAUGAUUUACUGGAUCAGUUGCAUGGGGCGAGCGUGUUCUCUAAGAUCGACUUGAGAUCAGGCUAUCAUCAGAUUCGGGUUAAAGAAGAAGAUAUUCAGAAGACGGCCUUUAGAUCACGUUACGGACACUACGAGUAUGUAGUGAUGCCGUUUGGUGUGACGAACGCCCCAGCCAUAUUCAUGGAUUAUAUGAACCGCAUUUUCAGGCCGUAUUUGGACAAGUUCGUGGUAGUGUUCAUUGACGACAUCCUCAUCUACUCCAAGAGAUGUGAAGAACAUGAAGAGCAUUUAAGACUAGUACUUGGAGUUUUGAGAGAGAAAGAGUUGUACGCUAAGUUGUCCAAGUGCGAAUUUUGGAUGAAGGAGAUACAAUUCUUGGGACACGUAGUAUCCCCUGGUGGAAUUUCGGUAGAUCCAGCUAAAGUACGAGCGGUACUGGAUUGGGAAAGCCCGCGUUCGGUCACGGAAGUUAGGAGUUUUGUGGGGCUCGCGGGCUACUAUAGGCGCUUUAUUGAAGGAUUUUCCAAGAUAGUAGCACCUUUGACGCAACUUACGCGCAAAGAUCAGCCGUUCGCUUGGACUGAUAAGUGUGAAGCGAGCUUCCAAGAGUUGAAAGGAAAAUUGACGAGCGCUCCAGUGUUGAUCAUUCCUGACACAGCCAAACCUUUCGAAGUGUAUUGUGAUGCGUCUCACCAAGGUCUAGGUUGUGUUCUGAUGCAAGAGAGACGAGCAGUGGCGUACGCUUCUCGUCAAUUGAAGAUUCACGAGAGGAAUUACCCAAUGCACGACCUGGAGUUGGCAGCGGUCGUCUUUGCUCUGAAGAUUUGGAGACACUAUUUGUAUGGAUCAACUUUCCAAAAGGAGUUAAACAUGAGACAAAGGAGGUGGCUUGAGUUCUUGAAGGACUACGACUUCGAAUUACUUUAUCAUCCCGGCAAAGCGGACGUUGUAGCAGAUGCGUUGAGCAGGAAGGUGGUGCAUGUCUCGUCUAUGAUGGUACGCGAAUUGAGCUUAGUAGAGAGCUUUAGAGAUCUAAGGUUACAAUUCGAGUUGGAGCCGAACAGUAUCAAGUGUUUUAACCUUAGAAUAUCCAGCGACGUGUUCGAGCGGAUCAGAAAGAAGCAACGAGAGGAUGAAGAGUUAGUGAAGAUAUUGGACGCACUUGGUACGGAUCAGGCCAAGGAGUUUAACACUGGAACGGACGACUUCUUACGUUAUAAGGGCCGGACGUGCAUCCCAAAUGAUGGAGACCUGAAGAGAAUUAUUCUGGAGGAAGGGUUUCAGAUUGGGGAAGGCUCCUGUGCCGCCGCGAGAACGAGAUCUUCUCUACGCUUUCGCCUUUGCGGUGGUGAUGAUGCAUUUGUCUCUGGGUUUUCUGAAUGCAGAGGAGCUUUGCAUGAUGAAGAUGGUGGGGGAGUGGUGACCGGCGACGCGGCAUCCAUGGCAGAAUCGCGAUUGGGUUCCGAGAAUGGAGAAGAUGAAGAUGGUUGUGCCAAGCUUUCGUCAAUGGAGGAGAGGCGCGAUGAAGAGUGGUGUUGCGGCGCGCCAUGGAGAUGCGAAGAAGAUGACGGAGGUUGCGAAUGA